AUGGGGCGCAAGGCCGAGUCGUUCCACGUCAAGGUCGCCGUGCGCGUGCGGCCGCUCCUGAAACACGACAAGGAGCAGCGCGAGGUCGUGUCCGUGAGCUCCGACGGCGGCGCGCCGUCCGUGACCGUCGUCGACCCCGACAAGGCGUUCCCCGGCAAGAAGCAGGAGAUCGACUACCUCCGCGUGGACUACGUGCGGGAGCGCGCCUACGAGUUCGACCACGUCUACGGCCCCGGCGACGACACGGGCCGCGUCUUCCGCGAGGCCGUGCGGCCCAUGGUCGACGUCGUCCUCGAGGGCGUGAACGUGACGAUCUUCGCCUACGGCCAGACGGGCAGCGGCAAGACGCACACGAUGCUCGGCCACCGCGGCGAGACGGGCGUCAUGCGCCUGACCCUGGCGGAGAUGUUCGGCAAGGCCAAGGGCGCCUGCCGCUUCUUGGUCUCGUUCGUCGAAUUGUACAACGAGGAGAUCCGCGACCUGCUGCUCGACGCGCCGAUCCGCGCGCACGUCGACCACGGCGGCCAGGGCGGCCUGGACCUGCGCGAGGACCCCGUGCGCGGGCCCUGCAUCGCCGGCGUCACGGAGGUCGCGGCCAACGAGGUCGACGAGGUCAUGUCGCUUUUAGCCGCGGGCAACGGGCGGCGGACGCAGGAGUCCACGCGGGCCAACAGCGAGUCGUCGCGGUCCCACGCCGUGCUCCAGAUCGCCAUCGAGUCGAGCGACAAGGUGCCGAGCCGCAAGCGCGAGGGCCAGGUCGUCAAGGUGAAGCGAACCUCGAAGCUCUCGAUGAUCGACCUCGCGGGCUCGGAGCGCGCCGCGGAGACGCGGAACUCGGGCGCGCGGCUCCAGGAGGGCGCGCGCAUCAACCGGAGCCUGUUGGCCCUGGGCAACGUCAUCAACGCGCUGCGCAAGGCCAACGGCGGCGGGCCGUCGUACGUGAACUUUAGGGAUUCGAAGCUCACGCGGCUGCUCAAGGACUCCCUCGGCGGCAACUGCCGCACGCUCAUGCUCGCCCACGUCGGCCCGUCGUCGAGCUCCUUCGAGGAGACGCUCAACACGCUCAAGUACGCGCACCGCGCGCGCGCGAUCAAGAACUCCGUGAAGGAGAACCUCCGGAAGAUCGAC